UAAUCUAUAAAGCUUAUGAUAUUUAUACUUUUGCUUCCCAACGUGCACAGAUCCAGCUGCAAAUUGGCGCCACCCACAAGUCUAGAGCCCUACACCAUGGCCGUCAUAACGGAGCAUGGCAAUCAUAAGAUGGACGCGCCGCAGCAUCACAAUCGGCGUCAGCUGAGCGCAGCGCUCAAUGUGCCCGAAUUCUUUGCGCAUAAGAAUAUUUUCAUAACCGGCGGCACUGGAUUUCUGGGCACGGUGCUCAUCGAGGCGCUGCUGGACACACAUCCCGACAUUGGCACCAUCUACGUGCUGGUGCGUGGCAAGCGCAACUUUGAUCCCAACGAGCGCAUAUCGCGGCUGCUCCAGAAACCGAUCUUCAAAAAGUACCAUGAGAAAACCCUAGCCAAGGUGGUGCCCGUGGUGGGAGAGCUAAGCGAACCGAACUUUAACUUUAGUCCCGAACUGCUGCAGGAGCUGAUCGAACGCGUCAAUGUGAUUUAUCACAGUGCGGCCACCAUACGCUUCAAUUCACAUUUGAGAGCAGCAAUUCAAACAAAUCUAACGGGCACCAUGCGCACCAUAGAGCUGGCCAAGCAGCUGAAACAAUUGUCUGCCUAUAUCUACUGCUCAACGGCAUUCUGCAAUAGCAAUAAUCGAGGACUCAUUACGGAGGAUGUGUACAAGUCUCAGUUUGAUCCGUAUGAAAUGAUGAAGAUGGCAGAGAGCGAUGAGGCUUGGGUUGGAUUUACAGAACAAAAGUGCCGCGAAUACCUCAAGGAUCAUCCCAAUACGUAUACGUUUACCAAGAAUCUAUCCGAGAAUUUGUUAAUGGCUGAAAUGUCCGGACAGCCAGCAGCCAUAGUUAGGCCAUCCAUAGUUUAUGGCACACUGGAGCAUCCCAUGAAGGGCUGGGUGGGCAAUGCCAAUUCGGGUCACUUGGGCUUCCUCGCUGGCUUCGUCAAGGGCAUCUUUCGCACCAUGUGCGGCAGCGCCAAUGCCGUCAUAGACAUUAUACCUUGCGACUAUGUCAUCAACAGCUCGUUGGUUAUGGGCUGGUAUGUGGGCACACGUCAGCUGGAGCGUCCCGAGAUCAUACACUGCACUUCCGGUGAGGUGAAUCCGCUGACGCUCUCCGAGUUCUGCACCAUCAUCAACGACAGCGUGGAGCGUCAUCCGCCCAACAGUUUUGUAUGGAAACCUGCCACAAAGUUGCGCAAUGGCUGGCGCUACAAUUUGUUCUUCUAUCUGUUUCAUUUGCUGCCUGCGAUGAUAUUCAUCAUACCGGAGAAGCUUUUCGGCAUUGGCAUGCCACAACAUACCGCCUACGAGUAUAUGCGCGUAUUCCAGAACGGCACCAAGGCUUUCAACUAUUUUCUCGAUAAGGACUUUCGCUAUUCCUUAACGAAUGCGCUGCGCAUUUCAGGACUUAUGCAUGAAAGCGAUCGCAAGCGUUAUAACUUCGAUGCCAGUCAAUGUGAUUGGUCCGAGUUUAUCGAUCGCUGUCUCAUUGGCAUUCGACGCUUUUACUUUAAGGAGUCCGCCGUAACUACGCAAUGGCAUCGCAACUACUGGAAGGUCUUCAAUGUGCUGCACUAUGCUGGCUUUUUGGCCAUAUUUGCCAUUCUGUAUUUCGUGUUGACGCCUUUGCUCGGCCUGCAACUUGGUCUGACGCUGGCCCUGCUCAUCUGGGGCUUCCUCGUCUGGUUGUAGUGCUCGUCGCUCUACCUCCCAACGCUAUGUGCAAUAUACAAUCCAAAAUACACACACACACACACACACCUUUUCAUCAUCAAUACACACACACACUUUAUAUAUAAUAUACGUAUAUAGCAAUGCAAUCAAGUCCAAAACUUAGCUCAAAUCAUAGUCACACUAAACUAAACUAAACGACUUGUAGUACUCGUAAUAGUCCUGGUUGAUAGUCAAAUAGUCAAUGUUUGUGCACUUUGUAAAUUACAAAAACAAAACAUAAGAAAAACAAAUAUGUAAACGUUAACGUUAAAUUAACUAUGUAACUAUUAAUGGAAUA